AUGGCGGCGCAACAGCACACCGCACCCGCCCCCGCAUCCCCCGCACCCUCAAACUCAACCCAUCAAGCCCCCAUAACCUUCGACGAUGAGACGAUCGACGCAUUCGAGAUGGACGCCGACGACGGUUACGCCUCCGCGUCGCCGGCGCCGUCCCUCCACGCCGGGACGAUGUCGCUGUCGCCGUCCGUUCGCGACUACGCUUUUGAAAACAACCGGCGCUAUCACCGAUACCGCGAGGGGCGGUACCAUUUUCCGAAUGACGAUAGUGAGCAGCAGAGGGAGUUUAUGAAGCACCUUGUGAUGGUGCACAUGAUGAGCGGCAAGUUGCAUGAGGCGCCUGUAAGGAAUCCGCAGAAGGUGUUGGAUAUUGGGACCGGGACGGGGGUCUGGGCUAUCGAUGUGGGCGACGAGUACCCCGAAGCAGCAGUCACGGGCAUCGAUCUUUCACCAAUAUGGCCAGACUGGGUUCCGCCGAACGUCAAGUUCGUGGUAGACGACGCCGAGGCAGAGUGGUUCCACGAGCCCGACAGUUUCGACUUCAUCCGGCUGGGAAACAUGGCGCCUUCAGUACAGGAAUGGCCGAAACUUCUAGAGUCAGCGUACAAGUAA